CUCCCUUCUCCAGUUAUCAGUCCCCAGUGGCAAAUCUCAGAAGAUUUUUCCUGGAGUGGAGGAGUUUUGAAAGCCACCAGCUAUAGUGUUUGUCUGGAAAUAGGAGAAGGUGCUGUUGACAUUACAGACAAAGUCACUAUUCGUGGCGCAGUGUCAACAGAUCUCACCUACGCCUAUGACGUGCUUCCCUUGCCUGAAGACGAGGUCAUCGUCAGUCCAGUCGCUGAGUUCUUCGCAGGGCUUUACUUUCGGUUUAAAAAACCGGUGCGAAUAGUGCUGCCACACUUUCUGUCAUCUGAUCUCCCAGGUGACCUCGUUCGCGUGUACGAAUUUCAUUCUGAAAACGGACGAAUACAGUGCUGUCGGCUUCAGGUGAUCAACACGGAAGAUGAGAACCCUGCAACAACUGGAUAUUUGUUUUGUGGAAGUAAGAGAGAGAUUCAUGUCUUCACCAACCAUUUCAGCGGGUAUGUCUGUACAGUGUGUGAGGAAGCGUGCAUGGGUUACUACAAGCCUCCAGAAGUGACUCUACAAGCUCUGGCCAAAUACGUCCUCAGAUGUGAUGAGAAGAGAGAAGUGAUCGUGCGACUUGAUUUGUGGGAUAGUCGCUUCUUCUCUCCGGAUAUUCAACGGAGGCGUCAGAGGACAGAAGUCAGCACUGAAGAUCGUCAGAUGGUGUUGGUGGCGGAGAGGAAGCUGAAGUCGCUUGAUGAUAGUCCUGAUGUUGGAAACGCCUUCAUCGGAGCUCGCUUCCAGCCUUCUGAAGACCAAACAACAUGUUGGAGCCACGUCAGGACUGGUGGUGUGAAUGUUUGUCCAAUCGAGCAGAGACUGCAUGUCAAAGAAUUGUACCCUUGCAGGCAUCAAAGGCCCCACAAUUCCAUGAAGUGGUUGCUUAGUGACGCGAAGACAAACGCUCCACAAGAAUUUGAAUGUUUUAUAUCUGUUGGCUACAUUGAGAGUCAGACUCUUAUCGCUGGAAGCAGUUUUGGCAAUGACCAACAAACGAUCAUCUUCAUGGAAUAUCCACAAUCUGUGAUCCUACCCAUCAGACGAGCAAUGAAGCUCGAUGAAGAACAUCCAGAUUCUUUAAGACCUCUUGAACAAACAGCACAUGGUUGCCUGGCCGAAGCCAAACCUAGCCAAACCACACACAGCGAAAACACAAAUGUCAAGAACCUGGCUUCAUUGUUAGAAUCAUCGUCCUUGGCUUCUCAGACAUCGUCUGUAAAUAACAGCCAAAGGUGCAUCAUGCUGAGACAGGAGGUCCACAGUGGACAUGUUAGAGAAUUGUCUGACACGCCGACGGUAAACCCUGUCUCCAUCCAACACGUUCAGAGCAUCAACAAUCUCAACCUUAAUGUAUACAGCAGCACCCCAUCCGCAAGGGAUGAAGCCCUCGGAGAGAGAGUCUUCGGAGCCGACUAUGGUGACACCCAGGAGCGACAUUCGUCCGUAAGAAACUCUGUCAACCACAACAUAACCUACCCGACACCAGCCUCAGACCAGUGA